AUGCUUCGUCUAAAAUGUGUUUUGCUAUUAUUAUGCAUCGUUGACAUCGCAUCAGGAGCAGCAAGUAAUUCGUAUCAAGAUUGUUUGCAAUUGGUUUCGAAAUUUGCUCGAACAGUUACAAAUGGUUCGGUUGCUGAUAUUCGUAUGACGGCAGGUGUGAACGUCACGUGUUCACAAUUGAGCAAUGUCUCGUGUCCUGGCCAAAUGGUCAAUGGAGUUUGCACUUAUCAACAAAAACUGGCUCUCACCUGCAUCAAUGGCUCAACAAUCCGUAUUCGAGUUCAGUCCAAUGGUUUGCCAAGACGAUGCUCAUUAGUACCCUUAACGGUACGAAUUAUCGAAAUGAACAUUGAUUUUGAAGUAAACUUCAAUCCUGAUGUCAGUGUCAAUGCACCUGUUCAAUCACCAACCACUGUUGCAGAUCUUAGCAAACUUUUAUGCAACAUUACAAAUCAUGCCAGUGUGCCAGCAAUAUCCAAUUUUGUGAAGAGCCAGAAUGCUUCGAUGAUGGAUACAGUAGCAGGUGUUGCCGUUGAUGGUGUAAGUAUUUUCAAUGUCAACAGUGCCAAUCUAGUUGACCCUUUCUAUCCAAAUCCGACGACUUUUCCAACAGAAGGAGCAGAUCAGUGCUUAUCACAUCCAGGUGGCGGUGGUGAACUUCAUUAUCAUGUUGCUAGUGGAUGUAUGGUCAAUCCACCAUCAGGUAACUUGACAGGUUGCGGACCAGAUAUUGGAUGCUUGAAUAAUGUGGCAAAUUAUUCCAUCCAGAUGUUUUCCUCCUAUCGAGUAUUAACGGUGAUUGGUAUUGCCAAAGAUGGUCAUAUAAUCUAUGGUCCAUAUUUAUCGACAGGUGCACAAGUUACAUCAGGCUUUGAUAUUUGCAAUGGAAUGUUUCAUGAUUCGAUUGGAAACUACGGCUAUUUUGCCACGAACACGUACCCUUACGUGACUGGGUGUUUUGGACCAGGAAACUAUCCUAAUGUGAAGCCAAAUUGUACAACAAAUCCAGCAAUAAGUUAUGUGAAAUCAUCCUAUGCGAAUUCGUUUUCGACAUCAACGUCAUCGUCAUCGACAGGAUCAAAAGGCAUAGCAUUCAACGCUCCCAUAUGGCUUCCUAUCAGCUCUAUACUUGCGACGAUCAUGUCAAAUGCGAUCGUAACACUCAUCCGAGGGGUAUCUUCUUAUUCACAGUAG